UGGGACGGGCGCUGGGGGCGCAGGAGCCGCGGCGGCGGCGGCGGCGGGGCCCGCGCAACUCGGGCCAAGUGCGGGGCCGCCGGCGCGGGCGCGGGGCGCUGAGCCCCCCCCCCGGCCCCCAGCUCCCGGGCCGCGCACGGCCGAGCCCCGGAGAGCGCGCAGGGGCGAGCGGAGGAAGCGCCGCCAGCGCCGGCCGCCUGCGUCUGGGGAAGAGCGGCGCCCUGGGGGCGAGCCAUGCCCGGCGCCCGAGCGUAGCCGCCGGGGGCUGCCCCCCGGGAGCCGCGGGCCGGGUCGGGCGCGCGACAGGAGCAGCCCCGCGCCGCGCCCACCGCGCGCCGAGGACCAUGCCGCCCCCGGGCCGGGCGCCGCCGCUCGGGCUCCUGCUGGCGCUGACUGCGCUCCGGUGCCCAGAGACGGAGAGCCGAGGGACCGUGGAUAGUCUGCAGAGGUUUUCCUCACUCCCCGCCUAUCUGCCCACAAGCUUCCACAUCGCCGACGCGGAGGAGGCCUUCUUCCUUAAGGAAGCCAACCAGGACGUCACGAGGAACUCCAGUCUGCAGGCGCGGGUGGAGUCAUUCUUCAUCUACCGGGCCAGGACCCCCCCGACCAUCAAUGCCAGCUAUGGCCCAUUUUCAGCGGAGAAGGCAAUCCCCCAGGAGCUCUUGUUGACUUCCCCAGCCUUUGGAAAUGUGGAGAAGUUUCCCUUCAACUGGAAGCUGAAAUCCCACAUCCUGGACAGCUCCAUCUACUCCAACAGACCCAAAGUGCAGACCUUGUUUUACAUCACCGGGAUGGACUGGGACGACAGUGACCCCGAGGAGAAUCUACCGUGUGUCAAGAUGUUUGCCUUCCCCGAGGCCAGGGAAGUGGCGGCCAGCUGUCGGCUGCAAGGGGACCCGGGGCUGUGUGUGGCUGAGCUGGAGCUGCUGCCUGAGUGGUUCAGCUCUGGGCUGGACCUGGAGCCCGAGGAGGAGAUCCCGGCCAUCCUGGGGGGCACCGCGAUGGAGCUCUUCUUCACGCUCUACCCGGCUGACCAGGCUGGCCAGUGUCCACUGGAGGAGGAGGGCAAAUGGGAGAACAACAUCCACUCCGGCCAGGACAGCCCCCAGCAGGUGCCUCCAGCCCGGGAGAGGAUUGGGAGUGUGGUGGUCUACCCAACUCAAGACGAUCUGAAGUGGUCCCUGGUGAACCUGGAUGAGAACGUUGUCAUCUCAGUACCCCUGAACCUCAUCCGGGAAGGGGACACGGCCACCUUUUUGGUCUCUCUGACCAGCAGCUCUGUGGCAGACCACUUCACUCUUAGAAUUAAGGCCGCAGCGGGGGUGAAGAUAUCGGCUGUACGAGUCAGCAGCGACCAGCAGUGGGCCGUCCAGGAGGAGAUAGACAGCAGCAGCGAGCAGACGACCGCCGCCCUCACCUGCGUGGGCCACCACCCGGACACGCAGAACAGGGCAAAUGGCACCUUCUAUGAGAUCCUGCAAGUGGACUUUGGGAUUGACAACAGCAGCGGCCUGGCCGGGGCGCAGCCCAUCACCUGGCAGGUAGAGUACCCGGUGGAGGACGCCAUGAGCGAGCUGGCCGUCUCCGAGAUCUUCGUCAGCCCGACAUCCUUUGUGGGCAUCGUCCCUCUCGCAAUGGACACGGAGGUGCUGAACACGGCCGUCCUCACCGGGAAGGCUGUCUCGGUUCCCGUCAAGGUCGUGGGCAUUCAGGAGGACGGCUCCGUGGUGGAUGUGCUGGAGGCUGUGGAGUGCAGGUCUGCGGAUGAAGACGUCGUGAAGGUCUCCAACCACUGCGACUCCAUUUUUGUGAACGGGAAAGAAAUGAAGAGCAAAGUGGACACGACCGUGAACUUCACACACCAGCACUUUACCUCCCAACUCGAGGUCACCGUCUGGGCGCCCAGACUCCCCCUGCAGAUUGAGAUCUCAGACACGGAGCUGAGCCAGAUCAAGGGCUGGAGGAUCCCCGUGGCCUCCAACAGGAGGCCCACCCGGGAGAGCGAGGACGAGGAGGACGACGAGAAGAGAGGCAAGGGGUGCUCCCUGCAGUACCAGCACGCCACCGUGCGCGUCCUCACCCAGUUCGUGGCCGAGGCGCCCGACGUGGGCCAGCUGAGCUACAUGCUGGGCCCCGACUGGCAGCUGGACAUCACCGACCUCGUGGCCGAGUUCAUGAAGGUGGAGGAGCCCAGGAUCGCGCAGCUCCAGGGCGGCAGGACCCUGGUGGGCCGGGAGCCGGGCAUAACCACCGUGCAGGUGCUCUCGCCGCUGUCCGACUCCAUCCUGGCGGAGAAGACGGUGAUCGUGCUGGAUGACCGCGUCACCAUCGCAGACCUGGGUGUGCAGCUGGUGGCCGGCUUGUCCCUUGCCCUUCAGCCUCACAGAGCAGACAAAAGAGCCAUCGUCUCAGCGGUGUCGGCCCAGGACGUUCUCCAGGCCCCGCAGCAGGAAGCAAUAGUCAGUUCUUGGAUUUUGUUCAGUGAUGGUUCGGUGACACCCUUAGACAUUUAUGACCCCAAGGAUUUUUCAGUUACUGUGUCAUCAUUGGAUGAAAUGGUGGUGUCUGUCCAGGCAAACCUUCAGUCCAGAUGGCCGGUGGUGGUCGCACAGGGUGAAGGGCAAGGGCCCUUGAUUAAACUAGAAAUGAUGAUUAGUGAGCCCUGUCAGAAGACCAAGAGGAAGAGCGUUCUUGCCGUGGGUAAAGGAAAUGUCAAGGUCAGAUUUCAACCAAAUAUUGAUGAGCACCAAGGAGGCACCAACGACAUUGAGGGCAUCAGUCGGGAAUACAAAGACCACCUCAGUAAUUCCAUAGACCGUGAAGGGAACCAGGAGAGAGCAGGUCAGGAGUGGUUCCAACAUGGCGCCUCUGUUGGCCACGAGGAACGUAGCAACAAAAGCACAACCCCAUGGUCUCCCCAGGAAGGAAAGGAUAAGAAGUCACUCAAGAGUGGUGGCGCAGAUGCCUUCACAAGCUUCCCCACUCAAGGGAAAUUACCGGAACCCAAUAAUCCCAGUGACCUGACAGUGACCUCAAGGGGGUUGACUGACUUGGAGAUCGGCAUGUACGCUCUGCUCUGUGUCUUCUGCCUGGCCAUUUUGGUCUUCUUGAUCAACUGUGUGGCAUUUGCUUGGAAAUACAGACACAAAAGAUUCGCCGUGAGCGAGCAAGGCAACAUCCCCCAUUCCCAUGACUGGGUCUGGCUUGGGAACGAGGUGGAACUUCUGGAGAACCCCGUGGACAUCACCCUCCCGUCGGAGGAGUGCACGACCAUGAUAGACAGGGGCCUGCAGUUCGAGGAGAGGAACUUCCUUCUCAACGGCGGUUCCCAGAAGACCUUCCACAGCCAACUGCUCAGGCCCUCUGACUAUGUCUAUGAGAAGGACCUGAAAAGUGAGCCUCUGAAUCCAUCGGGCCCAAAGCGGAAGCGAGUCAAGUUUACGUCCUACACCACCAUCCUCCCGGAGGACGGCGGCCCGUACACCAACUCCAUCCUGUUUGACAGUGAGGACAACAUCAAGUGGGUGUGUCAGGACACGGGGCUGGGGGGCCCCCGGGACCUCAGAGACUACAUGGAAAGGCUGCAGGACCCCAUGUGAGCUCCUUUCUUACGUUUGUAUUCACCUCUAUGCCUUCUGUUUUUGGAACGGUGGAGCAGUGAGUUUGUUCAGCAAUAGGGGGUGAUUUAACAAAGCUUCGUUUGGGGCGGUCUGGGGGGAGGGGAUCCCUUUCUGAGCAGGUGUCAGAGGCCCGGAGAGUAACAGCAGCCGGGUUGUAAGCCGGGAAAUGUCUCGAAAGCAGCCACCUGUAGCUCCUGGAGAAAUUCUGAGGCGACAGUCGUACCUGCUACCUGCUCCUAGCUCAGCUGAAACACACUAAACCUGGCCCCACAGACAUUGUUAGUCAUCUCGCGACAAACGGCCGCGUGGGAUUCGAAAAGGCUCGGGUGUUGAUUUUUCUACUCCUAGAACUUUUAAAGCACAGUGGACACUCCUUGCCCUUGGCCUGAGACUGGACGUUCGUGAAAGAUGCUGAAUGUAGCCGUCCUUAUUUGUAACAAGGCUGCUCAUUAUUUUUAUACACAUUUGCACCUGCACCUGGUUCCUUUGGCCUCUGGAAUUCUUUUUGAAACAUGAAGAAAAGCAAUCAUGGUCUCCUCUCUCGGAGACGUUUGAUUUUCACAUGAGUUUUAGUCGCUGACGUUCGCCGCAUCUGGGUCGAACGUCAGGUGCUCUCCGUUGCCCACUUCCUUACUGAAGGGGCGAUGUCUGGGAAGCUUAUCCUCACGCUCUUCUCCCUUGUCUUCGCUGUGGAACGUCCUCGUAUAUCGGACUGGGACACGGGAUUUUACAUAAAAUAUUAAUAUAGUGCGAGGGAGGGCCAUCUUUACAGUUUUCUAUACGACGCUUACAGACUUGGGUGACCACUUGUCAACCGCAUUUGUUUUUAUCUUCUGCUUGUGGGACAUUCGUGGGGGACUCCUGGAGUGCAUUUCUGAGGGCAGAAAGACCCUGAGAGGCGUAUUUAUACUGGUGCUUUCCGGUCAACACAAUUUGUUAUCCAAGCUGAAAUCAAAAUUUUAAAUUACUAUGACACAGAAAGGAAAUGGUGUAGGAAUCAAUGUUCAGGUUACACUUCUGUUUUACCAGAGCAAAAAAAGAAAAAAAAA